CCACCGAGCUGCACAGGUUCUAGUUUCAGAUACCCCUUGACAUAACUUUUGAGCUAUCUGGAAAAAUACUGGCCAGGAAAAAUGAUACAAUUUUUCCUCAUGGUGAAUAAACAAGGGCAGACCCGACUUUCUAAAUACUAUGAACAUGUGGAGAUUAAUAAGCGUACACUUCUGGAAACGGAAGUCAUAAGGAGCGGUCUCUCCCGAUCCAAUGAGCAAUGCUCUUUCAUUGAAUUUAAGGAUUUUAAGCUGAUAUAUCGACAGUAUGCAACUCUCUUCAUUGUGGUUGGAGUUAAUGACACUGAGAACGAGAUGACAAUUUAUGAAUUUAUCCAUAACUUUGUGGAAGUUUUAGAUGAGUACUUCAGCCGCGUGAGUGAAUUAGAUAUAAUGUUUAAUUUGGAUAAAGUACACAUUAUUUUGGAUGAGAUGGUGUUGAAUGGCUGCAUUGUGGAAACGAAUCGGGCAAGAAUUCUUGCCCCUCUACUCAUUCUUGAUAAAAUGUCAGAAAGCUGAAUAAUGGAAGUCUCUGCCAGGCAACAUCAACUUGUGGAAGUGAGAAUGCCAUGGAAUACCUCUUUACAUCUGUAGCCCAAAAAGUCUGCAAGACUGUACAUUUCAAAUUGGGGUACCCUUCCAAAGACAUUUUAUACAGGUGUUUUCCACAGUUCCUAAGUGGAAAACAAACUGUAUUUUAAAAUAUGGUGUACAAAGAAAAUUUUUCUCUAAGAGACAAAUUUUAUUUUCUAACCAUAAGCAUUUUUUCCCCACCUGUUCAACUUUUGUUGAAUUCUGAGGGUAUCUUUUUUGUUCUUUGCUUUCCUUUGUAUAUUUAAUUCAGGAUAACAGCAUGAGAAGAACAUGAGACAACUAUCAGCCAAUAAAGUUCUAAACACAGAGCA